CGCCGUACACCCCAAGCCCCUUUUUUCUAGUCUCCAGCCUCUACCGACCAACCAGAGCUGUUCGACUCGCGAGCACACACAACUUGACGCGCGAGCCAAACCCUACCCCCGCCGCGACCGACCCUGAUCCCCCCCACCCGUCGGCGAUGAGCUCCUCCUCCAACGGCGGGAAGAAGCCGGCGCCCGGCGGCCGCGGGGGCCCCACCAUCCGCACGCUCGCCGACAUCAACCGCGGGCCCUCCGGCUUCCCCGGUGGGGAAGGCGGCGGCAGCGACUCCGACGAACCGCAGGAGUACUACACGGGUGGCGAGAAGAGCGGGAUGCUUGUCCAAGAUCCUACAAGAAGAAAUGAUGUGGACUCAAUUUUUGAACAAGCCAGACAGAUGGGUGCUGUCCAAGGUGUACCCCCCUUUAUUGAUGGCCAAUCUUCCAGCUCUAGGAGCUUUACAGGGACUGGCCGACUGCUUUCAGGAGAGCCAGCACCAUCUGCGGCUCCUCAGCCACCAGUUGAAGUACUCCACAAUAUACACUUGUGGAACAAUGGUUUCAGUGUUGAUGACGGUCCACUGAGAGACUAUGACAAUCCUGAAAAUGCGGACUUCAUUGAGAGCAUUAAGAACUCCCAGUGCCCCCAGGAGCUGGAGCCUGCUGAUAGAAGGACAGCUGUUCAUGUGAAUGUUAUAAAAAGACUUGAAGAUUACAAGGAACCCAUAAGGGCUCGAUCAGCUUUCCAGGGUGUCGGGAGAACCCUUGGCGGUGGAUCUUCCGCAUAUGAGAGCUCAGCGCCAGCUCCUCCCGCUCAAGCGCCUCCUGCUGAUUCGAGGUCUGUUGGCAUAAUCGUGGAUGACUCCCAGCCGUUUACAUCCAUACAGCUUAGGCUGGCAGACGGCACUCGCAUGGUCGCCCGGUUCAACAUGCGCCACACUGUGGGUGAUAUCAGGUCUUUCAUUGACGCAUCUCGGCCAGGAGCUGCGAGGCCGUAUCUGUUGCAGACUGGUUUCCCACCCAAGCAGCUGACUGACCCAACGCAGACUGUCGAGCAAGCUGGCCUGGCAAACUCUGUUAUCAUGCAGAAGAUCUGAGGCCUCACCAAGGUGGGACCAAGGUGGGAACGCAUAGUCCACCCGUCCGUGUUUCGUUAAUUUAAACUCAGUAUAUCUUCGAAUGGUUGAUUAUGUUACCAGAUACCGUAAUGGCAUGAUACUGUAUCGGCAUGGUUGCCAUUCCAUCGGAUUCUACAAAUCGUCACUAUAUUGAAGUAUACAUUUCUAUGUCUAGCAA